ACCGGCAUUGUUUUGACCUUUAAAAAGUUACAGCUGUCAAAUUUUAAUGUAUUUAGCCCGGAAAGUUCUUUUGCAAACUGCACCUGUUCUAACAAAGAUUUUGGAAAAUAAGCCGGCAACUGUUGUUUCAGGAGGAUUUAGCAUAUUCAAGAAAAGGUUUUCCUGCAAAAUGUCGAAGACAGCUCUAGUGAUCCUGGCCCAGGGUGCCGAGGAGAUGGAGACGGUGAUCACAGUUGACAUGCUCAGGAGGGGAGGUGUGACGGUCACAUUAGCGGGUCUCGAUGGAAGCGCUCCAGUGCUGUGCUCUCGCCAAGUCACUCUGGUCCCCGAUAAGGCCCUAGCUGAUGCGUUGGCUGAUACUCCUCAAUAUGAUGUGGUAAUCCUUCCCGGUGGUCUUGAAGGUUCAGACCGUCUGUCCAAGUCGUCUGUUGUCGGUACCCUGCUGAAGGAUCAUGAGAAAGCUGGUAAAAUCGUCGCUGCUAUCUGUGCUGCUCCCACCGCGUUUGUAGCGCACGGCAUCGGUCACGGCAAGCGUGUCACUUCUUACCCCACCACGAAAGACAAGAUCACUGGAGACUACACCUACGUGGAGGGAGAGAGGGUGGUUGUCGAUGGCAACGUUGUUACCAGCAGGGGACCGGGCACAGCAUACUGGUUCGGGCUGUCUCUCAUCGAGCUACUGACCGGUAAAGACAAAGCGGACCAGGUGGAAAAGGGCAUGAUCAUCAGCUCCUACUAAACAGAAGUGUGGCUUUCCAUCGACUAAGGGUCCUAGUACAACAAGGACUAUGGUGUCAGGUAGCCACAAUAUAAAUUUUGA